AUGUGCACCAAGAAGAUCCUUUCGUUCGCAGCCGCGCUACUUGCGCUCCAACCUGCCUUGGCAGCUCCCGUCGCCGACAAUGCUCCAGCGGGAGUCUUCCCACGCAACGAGACAAUCGUUGUUGACCCUCCCAAGGACCCCAAGCCAGACAUCACAGAAAUCCCAGAGAUGACAGAGGAGGAGCUUCAAGAGCUCAUCGACUAUUUCAAGGACGAGGGGGUUCAGCUUGAGACCAGGACCUACGGUAUCGAUGAGCUCGACGCCAGGAAUGAGCAACUCGUCUCUCCGGACUCUUCCCUCCUGAAGCGUCAGAAUGGGACGUCGAAGGAAGGGCCUUUCCUCGCUUUCCUGGACGGCGACGUAAAGCCGGGCACGAACCCAAAAUGCGAGGACUUUACUCUCAACGGCCCUUUCACGAACAUCCAUGUCUUUAUGGGAUCUACCAACUUGCGCGGUAUCAAGGCUACAAGCUACGCAGGCAACACAUCAGAGCUGCACUCCAACGAAUCGCUCGCAGAUGCCGAGUUCACAUUCGCCGACAACGAGCGCAUCACCAAGUUCUCAAUCGCCCGCACCGACGCGGACAGCAUCUACGUCUCGGGGAUGAGGUUCGACACCGACGCCGGAAACAAAUUUGAAGUCCUCGGCGACAUAUUCUCGAUCCCCGACUCGACCGGUCCCACGUGGGUCGACAUCCCCGUCGGCUCCGGGAUCCUGGCCCGGCUCCGCGGCACGAAUUGCGACUCCAUGGAGAUUUUCGGCAGCUUUGGCGUCGACUUCCUGGACGAGCUGAAUUCCAUUUCUAUCACCAACAUCGACUACGAGGGGUUUGCGAACAGCAUCAUGCCCGCGGGCCGCGGGACCCAGAUGUCGGUUGGCUCGCAGAUCCUGGACAACCGCAACAGCUCCGUCUCGCAGACCAUCACCCUCCAGACCACGGACGCUGUCACUGAGUCGAGGACCGUUAACACACAGAUUCGAGCCUUGGUGGGCGGAAGCGUCGCGGUCGAGGGGAAGGUCGGGGUCCCCCUGAUCAGCGAGGGUUCAGUCAGGACGGAGGCCAACUGGCAGCUCGAGACACUAAACAACGAUGCUGAGAUGGUGGGCUCGACCACCACCCGCGCAGCAACCUUUGCUCUCGCCUGCCCGGCGGGCAAGUUCUGCACCGCCGAUGCCUUCUUCAUGCAGUACAAGGUCGACAUCAACAUAAACGCCACCUUCACCGCCACCACCAAGUCUGGCUCGAUAUACAACUGGGUCCAGGGAGGCACAUACAAGGGAGCCGACAGCCUGGCCAUGCAGUUCAACGUCACUGAGGUGGACCGUGUCAGCUAG